CAAAUCACCAUGGCCAUGGCCGUGGAAACCAUGAAGUCCAGGUUUAAGCCCAGAGACGCUUCCGGUAACUGUAGUUGGACCAUCUCCUUCUUGAGUGAAGUGUACGGUGCCACUGACACCUUCACUGCUGUUCAGAACAACGACGAUGGCGAAGAAGCGGGGGAAGGAGAGAUCGUGUCGGAGUCGAAGUCCGGCAAGGCCGUAGUCGAUGAAGAACAACAACACCCACUGGAACACUCGUGGACGUUCUGGUUCAACAAUCCCUCCGCCAAGUCCAAGCAAGCCACUUGGGGCAGUUCCAUUCGCCCCAUCUACACUUUCUCUACCGUCGAACAGUUCUGGAGCCUCUACAAUAACGUACCCCAUCCAAGCAAAUUGGCUGUGGGAGCCUCUACAAUAAUGUAUGAGCUGCACAUUAUCUGGAGGACCAAGUAGAUGCGAGACAUCCAAGGAUCCAGCCCAUGGCCACAUGCAUGCGAGACAUCAUUAUCUUCCCAUCCACCGCCCAAACCAUUUUAUAUAUAUAUAUAUAUAUAUAAUCUAUGCCCCACUCACAUGCCCAAACCUUUUUCUCUAUAAAUAUAUAUAUAAUCUGUGCCCCACUCACAUAUAUUAUUUUUUUUUUUUUGUCCACUCACUCUGUGCCCCAACUCCAACUCGAAUUUUGUCCAAAGCAUCGCAGCCACCAAUAGUAUAUAUAUAUAAUCUAUGCUUUCUUUAUUUUAUAUAUAUAUAUAUAUAA